AUGCUGAAAGACAAGUCUAGAAUACCUAGCCAUAAAACCGAUCGCUUGAAAGCUAUCAAUGAGCGAAUCUGUGAAGUAAUAUCAGAAAACAGACGUGAUCGUCCAAAUAAAGUAGGAAGCCGAAGUUGGUGGCAACAUGUUGAUUCUACUUCACACCGGCRCAGUUUCUCCAUGGGUGUAUCCUUUACAAAAACAGAAUUGGAUGACUUGAACAACUACUUAAGUGUGCUUUGCACAGAUAGCACUUACACAGAACCCCAGCUUGCGAUUAUUGACAGCAACUCGGAAACACCAUAUCUAACGGAUCUUCAGGUAUGGAAUUGCUUGUCUCGUUUAGAUAAAACUGCCACCGGUCCAGAUUCCAUCCCUUUCUGGUUCUGGAAAGAUCAUGCUGAAAUUCUUGCUCCUGUUGUGGCACACAUAUGGAAUCUAUCCUUAUCAACAUACACAUGGCCAGCCUUCUGGAAAAGAGCUAAUAUCCGACCCCUUCCCAAAGUGGACAUCCCAAAAACUACAAACGAUUAUCGAGGAAUAAGUGUCACUCCAGUCAUAGCUAGAGCCUUCGAAAGAAUCACAUAUCAAUUGUACGUCAAAGAGGUUGUUGAGGACAAGAUCAACAGAAACCAAUUCGCCUACAGGCAAGGUGGUAAUUGUACUAACRCACUGCUAUCGAUGCAAAAUAAUGCACUAAAACACCUUGAUGAUCCUGCCUGUAAGGCUAUCCGCCUUUUCGCCAUGGAUUUCAGCAAAGCCUUUGACUCCGUCAAGCACGAGUUGCUUGCGAUGAAGCUUAAGGACACUGGUCUUAACGCUUACUUAGUUAAUUGGUACCYGGAUUUCCUGAAAGACAGACAUCAGAGAGUGGUAUGGAAUAACAUUGUAUGCGAAUUUAAGAGCGUCAACAAAGGAACUGUUCAAGGUACUGUCAGCGGCCCUUAUCUAUUUAUUAUUAUUCUGAACGAUCUAGACAUAAUGUUUAAGAAGGAGUCUUGCAUAGUUAAAUACGCAGAUGAUUCCACUUUAAUAUCGCCGGUUUAUGGCUAUAAUGAUUUCUCAGGUAAUAUAGUUGAUCAAUUUCUUACUUGGACUAAUAAUAAUCACAUGUCAUGAAAUCCAAGUAAAUGUAAGGAGCUAAUACUUUAUAAGAAAGGUGUGCAAACAGGUUUUUUUAAUACCAUUGUUGGUAUUCCUCAGUGCGAUAAUUUGACCAUCCUUGGGAUUGAGUUUGAGGGCAACUGUAGAUUUAGUCUGCACGUUAGAAAUAAGCUAAUCAAGGCCAACAAAUGUUUGUAUGUACUUAGGUGUUUACGUAAGGAGGGUUAUAACCAGAAAGAGCUUGAUCACCUUUUCCAUAGCUUAGUUUUACCAAAUAUCACAUAUGGUGUAUCUGUAUAUGGAGCAGCCGUUGCUGAAUUAGCUACCAUACAGGCCUUUCUUGAUCGCUGCUUUAAACGUAAAUAUAUAUCCAUCAGAUUAGACAUAAACAAGAUCUUAGAACAACAGGACAUUCGGCUCUAUAAGAAGGCAGCCUCUACUGAAAGUCAUCCGCUCUACAGUUUAAUACCUAAGCCUAAAUCAACUAGAUAUAACUUAAGAUACUCUGCAGCAGCUAAACCUAAAAUACAUACUUCUCGAUUUAUGAACACUUUUUUCAACAGAUUUAAAUAUGAUGUCAUUUCCUUGAAUGGACAGCCUGCUAGACAGAUCCUUGGCGUACCUCAACAACUUAAAAGUCUAAAAGAUAUCAACUCCUUGUCCAUGCAGGCUCUAGUGCUGCCCUUGCCAACGAAAGCAAAACCAAAUGUAGCGACUCAUGGCAUGCAGAAUGAUUUAAUGAAAGAGUUGAAAUGCGCAAAGGAAAGAGAAAGGUUUUCAGUAGAAUUAGUUAACAGUUAUGACAUUAGCCAACAAUCGUACACACGGACACUGCGAAACUACCUYGGAAACAUGAUUCAUGAAAUCAUAGGGGUGAACAUCUUUGUGCCUAGAGAUGAUAUGGUGGAUGAGCUCAAGAAAACAAAGAAAGAUCUAAAGGAAAGUCUCGAAUUAAGCUUUUUUGAAAAGAAUGAUAUGGUAGCUGGAUUUGUAAAUGUUUCCAAGGCAUUAACAUGGUUUCUUGCUCAAGAUGGUAUCAAUAAAGCUAUAGCUACUCCAAAUGAUAAGGUUUUAAUUUAUGUGUACACCGAUGCAUUCCCUUGGAUGUUAUGGAGCAAAUUCUUUACAGGUGAAACCUCUAUAAGGAUAAAGRUUGUAGAGCCACACAAUCUGCUAUCAACAGUGCUAACCAUUUGUCAAUGGCUGGGGCCAGACGACUAUUACCAUGUAAGCACCUUUGGAAGUCUGGUGUUAAAACAGCUUGAACAACUAAAUGAAAUAACACACUCUGUGACAAACAGACCAAUCCAAGUCCUGAUCCGUGGGCUCGCUGAUGAGGCAAGCAGAUGUUCCAGCACUGGRGUAUCCUCCCAAGCAGCGUUAUAUCCGAUUACUGAAGCUGCAGAGCAUAGGACGAGCUAUUUUCAUGACAAAAGUCAGCCUGCAAGGUAUGAUGGKCGAAAACGCGGAUAUGAUGUUUUUCCCGUACGSACUAAAGAUUUUCAGACACUAAUUACUGAUAUAUGUAGCACAAGGAAUGAUGAGUGGGCUGCUAUAGUACAAGGAAGAUUGGAAUACGCACAGGACCUUCAUGCCGCAGAUGCGAUAUACCACCAAAGCUGUAAUGUCAACUUCCGUACUGGAAGAGCCAGGUAG